UGCACAUGGACGCAUGGACGCCUCAUAACCUGGCAUUCCUCCGUCUUGACAAUCAAAUAUUUUAAAGAUUAACAGACGAAAAGUAUUUGUUUAAACAUGUUGCGAAGACAAGCGAGGCUUCGCAGAGAAUAUCUGUACAGGAAGUCCGUCCAGGAUAAAUUGAAAAAUAUUCAAGAGAAGAAGGAGAAACUGAAACGAAGUUUGGAGGAAAACAUACCGAUACAUCCCAAUCUCAGGAAAGAUGCUUUGAAUAUACAGAAACAAUUAGCUUGGGAAGAUGCUGGUCCUGAAAUGGCUGUUGCCCUUGGAACAGAAGUGGGAGGAACCGUGGGAUCCCACGAGGACGACGAGUACAGGUGGGCUGGCGUGGAGAAUCCAAAAAUCGUAAUCACCACGUCUCGUGAUCCAAGUUCCAGAUUAAAGAUGUUUGCCAAGGAGCUGAGAUUAAUAUUCCCAAAUUCUCAGAGAAUGAACAGAGGAAACUAUGAAAUGAAGCAGCUGGUACAUGCAUGCAGAGCCAACGAUGUCACAGAUUUCAUAAUCGUUCACGAACACAGAGGUGUGCCUGACACUUUGAUCAUUUGUCAUUUGCCUUAUGGACCUACUGCUUAUUUUACAAUGUCUGAUGUGAUUAUGAGACACGAUAUUCCUGACAUUGGGACAAUGUCUGAACAAUAUCCUCAUCUGAUCUUUCACAACUUUAAAACAAAGCUGGCUCAACGUGUUAUGAAUAUCUUGAAGUAUCUGUAUCCAGUACCGAAGGAAGACAGCAAGAGGAUAAUUACUUUUGCCAAUCACGAUGACUACAUAGCUUUCAGACAUCAUACUUAUAAGAAAGUUCAUGGGAAGGACAUUGAAUUGAAGGAAGUCGGGCCUAGAUUCCAAUUAAAGUUGUACGAAAUUAAAUUAGGGACUCUGGACGCAGAAACAGCAGCUGACACAGAAUGGGCUUUGAGACCUUAUAUGAAUACCAGUCAUAAAAGAAGAUUUCUGUCUGACGAGGAUGGCUGGCAACAGGAAGACGACAUUUAAUUCAUGUAUAUACAUUUUAUGACAAUGUAAAUAAUAAAUUUUUCCAUUUAAUAUUCUGAAAACAUA